AACUUUUCUUUUUUGUCAAAUAAUCAGUAACUUUUAUAUAUGAAACAUAAAUUUCUGCCAAAACGUGGUUAACGGUAGGCCGAGGCUUGAGUCUUGACCCACCAAUUAAAAUUCAAGCCAUAACAUGCCAUUGCCAAGUGCUGGUGAAUGCUUAGAUUGAGGUUUACCCAUAACAACCUCCUAUAAAUUCAUUUCACUUUAUUCAUAUUUCAAACUAAAAUUUCCUUUUCCUUAAGAAAAAAAAAUGUCGGGACAAAAUACAUCUCAGACUUUUGCAAACAAUGCUGAAACAACCAGUCAAGCUCAGUUAGCGAGGGAUGAGAUGUUGAACCAGGGCUCUCAAGCUUCUGAUCAGACCUCUUCAUAUACUUCCCAAGCCACCAACUUACUUCAGCAGACGGGAGAGCAAAUGAAGAACAUUGCACAAGGAGCAGCUGAUGCAGUAAAGAACACUCUGGGUAUGAAUAAGCCCACCAGCACCGAUCAUCCAAGCAACCCAUCUCCUCCCAGGACUUGAAACCCGCGUUUCCACUCUGCUUCUCUGCUUUCCCUUGCUUAUCCUAGUCAUUUGCCAUCUAUAAAUAGUUUAAUUAUUUUAUUUGACAUGUCGUAAAAUGUCCUAAGAGAGUGUUGUC